UUCUUUCAAUUUCGUCUUCUAGUUCGUUCUUUUAGCGUCUCCACGCUUGAAGAGCUCCACAACAAACAACACGUGUUUGUGUGACAGAACGAUGUUCCUCAAGACUUGGAGAUGUCUGGCGAAAAGAAAUGUCAGUGGCACGUGGAUAAGACUAUUCUCAUCUCAUGACAAUCCAUUGGGCAUUCCUCCUUCUUCAAGUAAAAAGUCACAAGAGGAACUGAGAAGAGAACACAUGGCUCGAGGGUUGCCACGGAAACGUCAGAUUGAUGGGGUAAAACAUGUCAUCGUUGUUGCAUCAGGAAAAGGAGGAGUUGGAAAAUCAACAACAGCAGUGAAUCUUGCUUUGGGCCUAGCAGCCAAUGAACCGAUGAAGGACAUUGGGCUGCUGGAUGCUGAUGUUUAUGGCCCAUCAAUACCCAAACUGAUGAACCUGCACGGAGAGCCAGAACUUACGACAGAUAAUCUGAUGAGGCCACUAGUGAAUUAUGGAAUAAAAUGUAUGUCCAUGGGAUUUCUGGUGGAGGAGAAUGCAGCCAUUGUGUGGAGGGGCUUGAUGGUGAUGGCAGCCAUUGAGAGACUCACCAGGCAAGUGUCAUGGACCCCACUGGAUUACCUGGUCAUAGACAUGCCACCUGGGACUGGCGACGUCCAGUUGUCCAUAUCACAAAACAUCCCAGUCUCAGGUGCUGUGGUUGUGACGACCCCACAGGACAUUGCGCUGCAGGAUGCACGUCGUGGAGCAGAGAUGUUCCGGAAAGUGAACGUCCCGGUGCUGGGACUGAUCCAGAACAUGAGUGUCUUCGUGUGUCCAAAGUGCGGACACCAAGAACAUAUUUUUGGGAAAGAUGGUGCAGAAGGAAUUGCUAGGGAAAUGAACUUGGACAUUAUAGGUGACAUACCACUGCACAGACGCAUCCGUGAGCUGUCCGACACUGGCCAACCUAUUGUGAUAGCUGAACCAGACAGUCCUCAGGCAGAGACUUACAGAUCUAUAGCAAAGACAGUCUUAGAGCGUUUACAGAACACAUGAGUCAGCCAGAUGUUCACCUGAUUGGUCUGAUGUAACCUUAUAGUGGACAUUGCCAGUGUAGGAGACUGCCCACUCCGUGUUCUCUAUAAUAACAACCUGGAACCUGUCA